CUUGAAGAAGGCCAGCCAUGGUGAAACGAGCUGCGUCGCAGGUGAUGGAAUGCGCGGCGAAGGGGAGGGGAACUCCGUGCAGCGGCCCCGCCACGAGACGCUGUGCUCGCUGUGAAGCUGUUUCUUAUUGCUCUGUCGCUCAUCAGGUAGCACACUGGGUUCAUCAUAAACAAGAGUGUGAACGGUUGGAAAAACAGAGGAGGAAUGCGGAUGUAUUGAAUGAAUUUCCUUUCACAUUCUCUCGAGAAGCUACAUUUCAGAUUUGUGAAAAGCAGGAGACUAGGUGUUCAUUCUUGGUCAAGAGGCAUCUUCAUCGAGUUGGAAUGUGGAUGCAUGAAUGCCACUGUUUGGCGUCGUGUGCUUCCUUUGAUCAAUUAAACAAAGGCUGGAAUCUCCCAAGUUAUUUAUGCCCAUGUUCUGGGCCUGAAUCUCCUAUAUCAGAGGAGUUGCAUAGUUGGGGAGACUACUAUAAGUGGAGGUGCAUUCCGCUAGACUCACCUGUUGCUUUACUUCUUCACUGGCCACUUACAGUAUAUCAUGCUUUGCAACUAGUUGGAAUCACGAUCUUGAAUCCUGAAAUUAGUGAUAAGCUAUACAUACAUUACCUUGGACCUGAGAAAGAGCUUCUACAACUUGCCGUAUUUGGGGAGUUACAGGCACUCUUCCCUGGUGUGCGUGUUCAUAUAGAACUUGUUGGGCCUGCAAUUCCUGUAGACAGGGAUGGAGAGAAGAUCAGUAUUUCUCAUUAUGCUCUCUGUGAUAAUGAUGAGUGUUCUUGCAAGUUAUCAGGUGAUGAUGUGAUUUUAAAAACACAAACUGAUACCACUUCGGCAGUGUCACUGCAGCUUUGGCAAGGAUUCUAUCAUGACCGUUAUAGUGAUAUUGUUAAGGAUAAGGAUUCCUCUCCGCAUCUAGUCAUAGCUCCAAAUGCUGGCAUUGCAGCUUAUACUACUUGGUUACCUAGCAUUGAGCUAAUGAAAAAGAUGAACAUCCCGGUUGUUUUCACAGACUAUUGCGAGGAAGCUUGCCAUCUUGCAGCACGUUGCAUUGAGUCUGUAACUGGCCGCUCUCUUGGUUUACCUGUUCAAUUAAAUCCAUUCAGGCAGCCUAUAGUGGUAGAAGAUAGUGCACUGUUGCUUCCUUGCUACUCAAAUUGCUUUCUUUUUGGGAUGUAAUUAACUUACAAAAAGUUGAUAUCUCAAACUUAUAAUAAAUGAGUGUAUAACUAUGUUACUUGCAUGUAAACCAGAUUUGUGAGAAUGGAUUAGAUUCCCUUUUACUGAGAUUUUGAACUGAAUCUGCAGAAAUGUCAUAUGAGUUACUUGUGAAGAGUGAGAACACUAUUCCAAUC